GCAGGAAGUGACUCGCAGCCGCUGCGGGGACUCUGGCUCCAGGCUCCUGGCGAGAUCCCCGAGCCCCGGCGGCUGGUGCUGGGAGCCCGGAGCCCGGGCUGCAGCCGGGAGAGGGGAAUCUCCAGCAGGGCCCUUCCCGCUGCUCCCCAGGAGCCUCUCCCAGGGCAGAGCCCCCAGCCCGGCCAGGCCCCUUCCCGGCCCGGCCCCUGCCCCAGGGGGCCCCGCUCGGAGGGAAGGCUGAGGAAUCGUGUCCACAUUUCGCUCCAGAUGGGCCCUUCUUCCAGGAGACAGGGAAGGAAAAUGGCUGUGAUGGAGCCAGCUCAGGUGCCGGUGACCUUCGAGGAGGUGGCUGUGUAUUUCACCGAGAGGCAGGGAGCUCUGCUCGACCCCGCUCAGAGAGCCCUCUACAGGGACGUCAUGCAGGAGAAUUAUGAGACGGUGAUCUCGCUGGGAUUUCCCCUUCCCAAACCUGACCUGAUCAGCCGGAUGGAACGAGGGGAAGAGCCAUGGGUGCCCGAUCUCCAGGCCUGUGAAGAAAGAGAGAUCCCAAGAGGCUUCCACACAGCACAAUGACUCCUCUCUGGAUUGUCUCUCUCUCCCAGCAGGUGAUGAGAGAGUGAGUGAGAAGAAGGAGGGUAAUCAACAAAAGGAAGUUCCUGGGCAUGGGGAAUCACAGGGGACCUUUGUUGGAAGUA